AUGCCGACACAAGUCGGCGUUGAGCCUGCUCCGGCAGGUCAAACAGUCAACUUCGUUGACCCACAGACUCAGACUGCUGCAAAUAUCGCCAUGUACACCAUCAUGUUGGUCGCUUGCGCUUUGUGCUUAGCAGUCCGCAUAUAUACACGAACAACGAUCAAUCGUUCGUUUGGAUUCGAUGAUGCCUUUGCCAUUGCUGGAUUUCUCGAGGUAUGGGCCGAAUGGUGCUACCUGGUAGUUUCCGGCACUGUGAAACUAUCCUAUCUGCUCCUCUAUAUCCGGAUCUUCGGUCCAUUUCAAAGGGUCACCCCGGUCAUGUGGACCGGCGUGGUGCUUGUUUCCUUAAUCUACGUCGUCCUGCUGAUGAUGUCGAUUCUCGAUUGUCAACCUAUUCAUCGACACUGGGACCCGACCGUGCACGGACAAUGCUUACCCUCAGGAGUCCUCGCAUAUUCAUCCGGAGCAUUCAACGUUGCCACAGAUUUGUUUGUGCUCGUUGUUCCAAUGCCAACCGUUUGGUCGAUGAACAUGAGCACGGUCAAGAAAUUACGAGUGUCUGCUGUUUUUGGCUUGGGUAUUAUUGUGGUUUCCCUGAGCAUUACUCGUCUUGCCAAGACUCCAGUUGUUUUCAAAUCCACCGAUCCAUCAUGGGAUUUGUCCAAAUUUGCUAUUUACUCCUUCCUCGAACUCAGCUUCGGUUUUAUCUGUUGCUGUCUUCUUACUUUCCCAGCCUUCCUCGAGCACCACGGUACAACUGUGAUGAGCUGGAUACGAUCUCGAACCAAUUCCUCCAGAGGAUCAAGCUCCAAAGGCACUGCGUCUUCUCCUCACUCCGAAAAGAGAAGGCAAAGUCCCAAGACCGACGAAAACGACAAACAUUCUUUUAAUUCAUUUAAUAGUGCCGACGCCCGUCUCACCUUCGCCACAACACCUGCAGGGCUGGUCCAAAGUGCUGAUUUAGAGACUGGCGAAUUGCGUGACCUCUCGAGUUCGAGUUCAAGAUCUAGAUUAGAGCAUGUCGAUCUCUGA